AUGAGACUCGAGUCUGCAGCAGAUGAAGGUAAACUACCUCUCGAAGAUAUCAUGAGAGUGGUUACCGAUAUAAGAGAUAGCCAAGCAAAAUAUGAGAAAAGUUUUAAUAAGGCCUGUGAAUCAAUGGACUCACAGCUCAUAGAGAACACCAAGGCUCUUAAAGCACAACAGGAGCAGAAUGAGAAACUUUAUCAGCUGAUUGAGUCUAUCACAUCGGAGAACAAGGAGCUGAAGAAGAAGGUGAGAGCUCUUGAGAACAUAGAGCAGUACUCUCGCAGUAACUGUGUGGAAAUUCAAGGAAUCCCUGUAACUUCCAAUGAAUAUGUGUUGACCAUCGUGAAGGACAGGACUCUCUCAACUCGUCACUUUGGUGCAACUGAUGACCGUCCCAUCUACGUCAACGAGUCUUUGUCACCGGCGAGACGGGCGCUGUACGCUCUGGCGAGGAAGUAUCAGCGCGAGAAAAACUUCAAGUUCCUCUGGGUGAGAAACGGCAAGAUCUUCCUCAGGAAAGAAGAAAAGGCGCCAGUCAGAGUUAUCACACGAGAGGAGGACUUGGACUAA